AUGAAAGGUUUCAAUACACCACGAAAAAGUCAGGGGAGAGACUUGUUUUAUCAAACUCCGACUAAUUGUUCGGAUGAAGAGAUUCAACGAAACAUCGAGUUCUUGAAGAAACUGCAAGAGGCAGAUGAUAAGACACUCUACCGUCGAUACGAAGGCUAUAUAACCUACAUCCAACUCAAACGCGGACUGGUUCUCCUUCUCCGUGGACACAGAGGUUUGAUCAUAGAGUUUCGUCAGCUUUUGUCGUAUUUUGCUUCUCCUGUAAGAAACAACUCCGAGAAAGAGAACCCAAAAUCUGAAUUGAAACGCACGGUUGCAUUCUUGCACAAGAUCGAAGCGUUGGGAGAGAGUGUUUACAAGGCUUUUAUGGAUGCGUUAGGGUUUAGUGGUGAUAAAGAGAUUCUGAUUGAACAACUCAGCGAAAUGUUACGCGGUCACGAGUCUCUAAAAGAGGAGUUUGAAACGUUCUUGAUCGAUAACCGUUUACUCAAACGCAAACGCGAUUGCGUGAAUGUCACGCCAUCGUAUUGUAUUAGACCUGAAGUUGAAAAGGGAUCUUCCUCUGGUCCGGUUUUAAACGGAAAAUACUACUCUGGAGGUUCAUAUCAUCCGGAGGACUCAGUGGAGAAGAACAGUGAGGCUUGUCGCUUCGAAAAAUGA